AUGUCCAUCGGUGAACAAAGUCUCGCCUCCUCCCUUAAUUAUACACCAACGAUGGAGGAAACCACUUACGACACCUUCACCACGCCUGUUGUCGCUCCCAACAUCACUCAACUUCCCCAGGAGCACCUUGCCUACGUCCGAGCUCAAGGCUACAACGAGGCAGUUCACGAGCCUCUCGAGCGGUACGCCUCAGAAGACAUCGACAACGGCUACAGCACCUGGAUUGCCAUCCGUCGCACGGACAGCGAUGAGUCGGAGGAGAGUGAGGAGGGAGAUCUUCCCGAAGAGGAGCAAGAGGACGGCGUCCACUGGGAAGCCUACGCCGACUUCCUCCACCUUCUAGAAGACCAAGCCGCGGAGGCAAGUCCUCUCGAUGGUACUGCAGUUCCCCUGACAGAAGGCGAGCGCGUAGAUUCCAAGUAA